GUAGUCAGUCGCCUGGUGGUAAACAAAACAAGGUUUGAGGUCCGUUGUCGGCCCGCGGUUUGAUACUGUAGUGCUCCAGUGCCCGUGACCGAAAAAACGUGGUGGUGUGCCUACCCUUAGCCAUGAGGGUGCUACUGCCGGUGGUGGUGGCAUUUCUGUUGGCCGCCCAGCUUUCCGACGCCAAAAGAAAGCGAAACAAGUUCGAAGGCGACUUUGAGUUUGCUGAAGAGGAAAUAGCGGAAAUAUUUGGAACAACCAAGGAUGAAAUUGAACGAAAAUUAAAAAACAUAAAUACACAGUACCAAAGAGAAAGAAGAAAUUAUAAGAAGUGCCAAAAGUCGGGUGCUGGAAAUGAAUUUAAAGCUAAAUGGUUUGGAUAUACAGCAAUGGCAUUCUUGCAAGACAGAAAUAAGCCAAAAAAGGGCCACCAAGCGGAGAUUGAAUAUGACGAUAGUGAUUUAACAGACGGUAGCGAUAAUGAAAGCCUUUUAGAAGACAGAGUAGUGCAAUCACAAGCCGAAACCCAGGAAAACAUAGAAGAUUUUGAAGUUGUCCGCCUUGAGGACCGGCAAUCCGUACAGGCAGGUAACCAAGUACCUCACCAAGAACAGUUGAAGGAUAUGCCAAGUACGCCAAAAAGAAAUACAUCGGAAGGAGAGCAGUUCCUUGUACCUCCAAAAUCGAGUCGCAAAAAAAAGGGUAAACCUACUUCAACAACUGAAAACGAGAAUAUUACUCAAGAGGCUUUCCAAAUGAUGAAGGCUGCAUUUCAUAGGUCAAACGGCGGUACACAAGUGCGGGACGAGUAUAACAUUUAUGGAGAAUUAGUAGGGCACCAAAUACGUUCUCUGUCGACCGAAUUUGCAAAAGUUACCGCUCAAAAAUUAAUUAACGACAUAUUAUUCAACGCCAAACUAGGAAAAUAUGACUAUCCUUCAUAUCCACAACGUAAUCCAUCACAAACAGGAUCACGAACUCCUUUUGCUUCCAAUUCAGGAUCACAAACUCAUUUUGCUUCCAAUUCCGAAGCAUCAUCAUCUGCAAUGGACGCUACAUUGGGAGCCACUAAUAUUAUUGGUAGUGAUGCUGACGUUUUGCACUGGGCCAUAACAAAUUCGUUCGGAGUACCAGAGGUACAAGAAGCAAACAAUAAUUAA